CGACACUGCACGUGUACGAACCUACGACAGCUCUCUACUUCCCUCGCGUCCUCUCCAUCGAGAGCUGCUCCUGCUCGUCUCCUCCCACACCGCGCAAUUCGUCGGGAUUCGGGAACCCUAGCGCCGGAUCUCCGCGGCAGCGGCGGAAAUGGCGAAUCCCCUAGCGGGGCUGCAGGACCACCUCAAGCUCGCGCGGGACUACGCGCUCGAGGGCCUCUACGACACCUCCAUCAUCUUCUUCGACGGCGCCAUCGCCCAGAUCAACAAGCAUCUAACUACUUUGGACGAUGCUCUGAUUCGUACGAAAUGGAUGAACUGCAAGAAAGCAAUCUCUGAAGAAGUGGAAAUUGUGAAACAGUUGGAUGCUCAAUUAAAGUCCCUUAAAGAAGCUCCUGGGACAAGGCGGUCAUCAUCACCUCCUAUUCGGUCUAAUAAAUCAUUUGUUUUCCAACCGUUGGAUGAGUAUCCAACAUCUUCACCAGCACCCUUUGAUGAUCCUGAUGUGUGGGCUCCACCAAGGGAUACACCAACCCGAAGACCAACAAGAGGUCAAUCUAGUGCAAGGAAGUCCUCCCAAGAUGGAGCCUGGGCACGUGGUUCAUCAAGGACUGGAACACCUAGUCGAAGCGCAAAACCUAAUGGGAUUAAAGGAGGUGCUGUUAAAUCAACUGCCUCUAACAGUUCUGUAAGGAAAGGGAAACAAAGUUCAAACAAGGCUGAUUCAACGAGUAGUGAUGCUGAGGAAGGUAAGUCCAAGAAGGGUCAGUAUGAAGGGCCAGAUAUGGACUUAGCUGCAAUGCUUGAAAGGGAUGUUCUGGAUUCUACUCCAGGAGUAAGAUGGGAUGAUGUUGCCGGACUUAGUGAGGCCAAACGACUCCUCGAGGAAGCAGUUGUGCUUCCUCUCUGGAUGCCUGAAUAUUUUCAGGGUAUUCGUCGACCUUGGAAAGGAGUUCUUAUGUUUGGUCCACCAGGCACGGGAAAGACUCUUUUGGCAAAGGCAGUGGCCACCGAAUGUGGAACAACAUUCUUUAAUGUUUCCUCUGCAACACUGGCCUCUAAAUGGCGUGGCGAGAGUGAGCGCAUGGUCCGUUGCUUAUUUGAUCUUGCGAGGGCCUAUGCUCCAAGUACAAUUUUCAUUGAUGAAAUUGACUCCUUAUGCACGUCGCGCGGUGCCUCCGGCGAACAUGAGUCGUCAAGAAGGGUGAAGUCUGAACUUCUAGUGCAAAUUGAUGGUGUAAACAAUAGCUCCACCACUGAUGAUGGCCAGCCAAAAAUUGUUAUGGUUCUGGCUGCUACAAAUUUUCCAUGGGAUAUUGAUGAGGCACUGAGGCGGAGGCUGGAGAAGCGUAUUUAUAUUCCACUUCCAGAUUUUGAAAGUAGAAAGGCACUUAUCAACAUUAAUCUUAGAACAGUUCAGAUAGCCGCAGAUGUUAACAUCGACGAGGUUGCUCGGAGGACAGAAGGCUAUAGUGGAGAUGAUCUGACAAACGUUUGCCGCGAUGCCUCAAUGAAUGGCAUGAGGCGCAAGAUAGCAGGCAAGACCCGCGACGAGAUCAAGAACAUGUCAAAGGACGAGAUAGCCAAGGACCCGGUGGCCAUGUGCGACUUUGUGGAGGCUCUGGUGAAGGUUCAGAAGAGUGUCUCGCCUUCAGACAUAGAGAAGCAUGAGAAGUGGAUGGCUGAGUUUGGGUCUGCCUGAGACCUCGGCCAUCUGCUUGGGUCCUGUUCAAACAUUCGUUUUGUGUGGGUUGACACGGCAUUCCGUAGCAAUGAUACGGUGUUACCCGCCGGUGGUCUUGCUUCAUAUAGACCAGAGGCACGAGCUAUCUUGUCUGUUUCCAGUGAUGCUAGGAAUUGAGUUCACGAUCGUUUCAGUUCUUGGUAUAUGC